GUAUAAAGCAGGGCUGGCAAGGCUCCUUCUGGCAGAGAGAGGCACCAGAAGGGAAGCUCCAAGGCUGAAUUCUCCAUCUAUCCAUCCAAGCAAGACACAGCCCAAGACCCUCCGGAUACCAGCCAUGGGUCUGUCCCUCUGGGCCCCCUUCCUGAUGGGGCUCCUGGCCCUGAGAUGCGCCCAGGCCGCCCCCCUCCAGGACCCCAGCGGACCCCUGGUCAUCUCUUUCCCUGGAGACACGGUCAGCCAGGUGUCUGAGAAAGAUCUGGCCAAGCGCUACCUUUACCGUUACGGCUACCUGGAAGGGUCGGGCCAUCUGGCCGGGCAGGUGACGCUGGACCAAGCCCUGAGGAAGAUGCAGCAGCGGCUGAGCCUCCCGGAGACCGGGGAGCUGGACGGCCCCACGCUCAGCGCCAUCCGGGCCCCUCGCUGCGGGGUCCCCGACUUUGGCUCCUUCCAGACCUUCCAGGGGGACCUCAAGUGGGACCACAACGACAUCACCUACCGGGUGGUCAACUAUUCUCCCGACCUGGACGCCGGCAUCAUUGACGACGCCUUUGCCCGGGCCUUCCGGGUCUGGAGCGAGGUCACUCCGCUGACCUUCACCCCCCGGGAGAGCGGCGAUGUGGACAUCCUCAUCAUGUUUGGAACCGAUGAGCAUGGCGAUGGCUACCCUUUUGACGGCAAGGAUGGGCUCCUGGCCCAUGCAUUCCCUCCGGGAAAAGACCGCUUCAGUGGAGAUGCCCACUUUGACGACGACGAGUUCUGGACCCUGGGAACUGGGAUUGUGGUGAAGACCUACUAUGGGAACGCCAAGGGCGCCAACUGCCGCUUCCCCUUUGUCUUUGGGGGAAAGUCCUACUCCUCUUGCACCACCGACGGGCGCUCCGACGGCCUCUCCUGGUGCGCCACCACCGCCGACUACGACAAGGACAAGACCUAUGGCUUCUGCCCCAGCGAACUUCUCUUCACCUACGGAGGAAACGGCGAUGGGGAGAAGUGCGUCUUCCCAUUCAUCUUUGACGGCAAGUCCUACGAGAGCUGCACCACCGAGGGACGGAGCGACGGGUACCGAUGGUGCGCCACCACCGGGAACUUCGACCAGGACAAGAAGUAUGGCUUCUGCCCCAACAGAGACACGGCCGUGGUGGGGGGCAACUCCCAGGGCGAGCCCUGCGCCUUCCCCUUCACCUUCCUGGGCAAGAGCUACUCUUCCUGCACCUCCGAGGGCCGUGAGGACGGGCGGCUCUGGUGCGCCACCACCAGCAACUACGACGCCGACAAGAAGUGGGGCCUCUGCCCUGACCAAGGGUACAGCCUCUUCCUGGUGGCCGCCCACGAGUUUGGCCAUGCGCUGGGCCUGGAGCACUCCAGCGUGCGCGAGGCCCUCAUGUACCCCAUGUACACCUACCUGGCCGACUUCCAGCUGCACCCGGACGACGUAGAAGGCAUCCAGUACCUGUACGGGAAGGGCUCAGGCCCACAGCCCACGCAAAGCCCCGACGUCCCGGACACGGAGCCCCCCACGGAGCCCGACGACUACGAUGAUGCAUCCACCACGGAUGAGUCGGGCUCCUCGGUGACAGAGGAGGACGCCUGCAGGGUCCAGGGAUUCGACACUGUGGCCGAGAUCAAGAAGGAGCUGCACCUCUUCAAAGACGGGAAAUAUUGGCGGAAGUUGGCCACGGGCUCCGAGUCCCUCGCGGGUCCCCUGCGCAUCCAGGACACCUGGCCGGCCCUCCCCAGCACCAUCGACGCCGCCUUCCAGGACCGGAUGACCAAGAAGGUCUUCUUCUUCGCAGGGCAGCGCUUUUGGGUGUACCAGGGGACGCGGGUCUUGGGCCCCCGCAGCAUCGAGAAGCUGGGCCUCGGCAGAGACGUCCAGAAGAUUGUGGGCGCCAUCCAGCGCAAGAACGGCAAAGUCCUCCUCUUCAGCGGAGAGCGGUUCUGGAGGCUGGACGUGAAAGCAGAGCGAGUGGACAAGGGCUUUCCACGCUACACAGACACGCUCUUCGCGGGCGUCCCGCUGGACUCCCAGCAUGUCUUCCUCUACAAAGGGAAAUACCACUUCUGCCAGGCCCCCUUCUGCUGGCAGGUGAAUGCCCAGUACCAGGUGGACAAGGUGGGCUACCUGAAGUACGACGUCCUGAAGUGUCCGGAGCAGCAGUAGGGCCCGUCAGCUGGACGCCAGGGGACCCUCCUGUGACCCCAUUUCCUGUGGCCCCGGGGCCCCUGGGCCAUUAUCCCUUGUUGCUUUAGCCCCGGCUUGGGCUACCAGUCCUUGGAGACGGCUGCCAUGGGGUGCCAGUGUGGCAAGGAGCGGACUGCCCAGCCUCCUUGGCUAGAGGCCUUGCUAAAGCCUUGCUGGAUGCAGGAGUUCCGACUGCUGCCACGGAACGGAUGAGGCUCAGAGACAUUUUGCUUGGCUGUGAACUUGCUGCAAGGGCCCCGCUCUCCUUGCCAGGAAGAGAAUGACACUCCUUAGCCUUCACACACACACACACACACAAUAUAAGGCCUCUGUCUUGGCUGCACUCAGUUUCAUGUUGCAGCUCUCGCCAUCUUGCGCACGUUUGCAAUAAAAGAGAUCCUGGACCAUC